AAAAAAAAAAAAAAAAAAAAAAAAAAAAUUGUUUGUUCCAAGACUCACCUCGCUCAUUUACAUUUCAAUUUGUAGAUGGGUAAGAAGUUUAACAAUGCAAGUUUUUAUUUUUAAUCGCAGUUUGUUUUUUCCUUCUCCUCUCUCAGGUACCGAAAAGGAACCGGGAGUUAUACCACGUGCAGUACAAGACGUCUUUUCUUUUAUAGAAGAGGAAACUUCUGGAAGAGAAUAUUUAUUGCGCGUUUCAUAUAUGGAAAUCUAUAAUGAAAAGAUCAAGGAUUUACUUAAUACUGAGAACAAAAACCCAGAAAUCAUUGAAGACAAGAAAGGUAUUUAUGUACGCAACUUGAGAGAAGUGAUUGUAAAGACACCCCAAGAAGUCAUGGACUGUAUUAAAGAAGGCGAGGGCAAUCGUCACAUUAGUGCCACUGAUUACAAUGAACACAGUAGUCGUAGUCAUACUAUUUUUCAAUUGGUGAUCGAGAGUAAAUCAAAAGGUGGAAUGAUACCAGCAGGUGCUAAUCGUGGUGUUCGUGUAUCUCAGCUGAAUUUGAUUGAUUUAGCUGGUUCAGAAAAAGUAGCAACAGAUGUUGAAAGAAGAAAAGAAGGUGCCUUUAUCAACAAGAGUUUAUUGACAUUGGGAAAUGUCAUUUCUAAAUUGACAAGUGAUGAACCUGCUGUUCAUAUACCUUUUCGAAAUUCAAAACUAACACGUAUCUUACAAGCUGCAUUAUCUGGAAAUGCACGCAUUUCUGUGAUUUGUACUAUUAAUCCUACGUUGGCUUCGAAAAAUGAAUCUCUGAAUACGUUGCGUUUCGCUCAACGCGCCAAACUUGUCAAGACAGCAGCUAAAAUGACAAGAAUUUUGGAUAACUCAGAACUGCAAAAUUGCCUUAUCAGAAUUGCCGAGCUACAAACAAAGAUGCAGGAGAAAAACGAUCUGGAGGCUGAAACAAGAGAACGACUUAAGAGCUUAUUAGGACUUAUUCUCACCAGUUCAAAAGCAACUGGAGAUGAUGAUCAUAUUCAUAAUGACGAAAUGUUUUCUCGAUUGUCAAAUCUUUCUCAAGACACAUUAGUGAAUGAAACCACUAUGCGUGAUGUUGUGGCACGCUGCGAAGAAGGUUUUGCUGCACAAAUCGAAGCACAUCAACGACAAAUGGAGAAGAUGGCCAUGAAUAUCGAAUCUAUGCAAGAUACAUUACGUGUGAUGGAAUCUGUGAAUGCAAAGCAAAACGAAACCUUGUCUAAGCGUGAAGCCCAUAUUGAGAAAUUGAAGCAAGAAUUAGCUGCUUCAACGGCCGCUGCUGUUGCUCAAGCAUCCUCGCUUCGAGCUUCUAAAGUACCCACAACUUCUUUAUCGUCGAAACAGAAAAUAAUAGAUGACUUGGAAGUCAAGAAGGCUCAGCAAAUAAAAGACGAACAAGAAGCCAUUGAAGCAUUAAAACAAGAAAAGACAGAAGCACUUGCAAGAGCUCAAGACAUGGCUGAAUUAUUGAAAAAAGAGAAAGCGGAAGCACUUAGACGAGAGCAAGAUAUGGCUGAAGCUCUCAAACAAGAGCAAAAAAGAAUUGAAAUACUCAGACAAGAAAGAAAUGAAAUUCUUAAAAAAGAGCAACAACAGAUAAAUGAAGCCAUGAGAAAAGAUCAAGAAGAACAGGAGCUCAAGAUGGCUGAUCUGACAAUUGCAAUCUCAUCAGCUGCUCAGAUGAUUACAGACGCAAUUUCAAACGGUAUGCAAAUCAGUGUAGAAGAGGACUAUGAUAUGAUGACAACUUCCUCCGUAUCCUCAGCGGAAGAUGUCAAUCAAGCUAUCACGCAUACUAUUGAAAAUGUCAUAGCGGCCUCUUUAUCUACAAAAUCAACAGUAGAUACAACAGCUAUCACAUCUGCUAUUCAAAGUGCCAUUCAAUCUUCUAUUUUGUCGUCUUCCAUGUCGACACACAGUACAUCUGCAUCUACACCAGAAUUUACGACGAUUCAAGAAGCUAUUUCAUUCAUUCAAUCUGACCCUAUUCAGCUGUAUGAAUCAUUUUGUAUCGUCGAUCAAGAUGAUGAUGUGCCUGAAUUAAUACUUCAAAAUUCUCUUCAAAAAAGUCAACAUUGGACUACUGAACAGUGCCAAAGUUUUGAAAUUAAACCCAUCAGACAAGACAUUCCUUACACGGACAGAGCAAUAGUCAACCAUGAUUCCAUGACAACACAAGACGAUAUAUAUAAGCCCUAUUCAGUCUCUAUUGAGCAACCUUCAGUAUUUGGCUUUCUUUUGAAUCGCUGGACAUUUCUCUUUGCUGUUGUCUACUUUUUCUCUCAAUACUUUUAGCUUUUUUUUAUCUACCCAUUUGUACAUAUAUAGCAACAACAUCAUUUAUUUCAUUUAUGACACCCAAUAUACACUCAUUUCAUACCCCUCGUUUAUUGUUACGCUAAACUAUAUAAACAGAGAUUUACAGA